AUGAUAAAAUAUUUGUUUGGAGUGGGCGAAGAUGAUUCACGCCCAUUGGUAGACGAGCCCACGAUCGAUUACAAUGAAACAAUACAUUCUCUGACGCCUUCAUCACAAGGAAACCUUCGACAAACGCGCAAGUCGAUCUUGAAAGAUACAACAGGAAGCUCACACAAUAAUCCAGAUAUUCCCGUAAUCGGAGAUUUAUCUGACAGCGAAUUAGAUUACGAUGACGAUUUAAUCCAUGACAUCAAUUUGGUAAGAGAAGUGACCCAAACACUAAGCUCCGGCUAUGACGGGUUGGGAAAUCAUGCCACGCGUAUUUCUAUUCCUGAUGAUUAUCCAGGGAAAUAUCCACGCAGUAGAGAACGAACAUCUAACUUGUCAGAACAAAAGAAUGAUCCAAAUUGGGAUAUACGAGCAAGUAAAGGCGGACGCACGUCAAAUUAUUCUAAAUCUUACGAAUCUACUGAGCAAGUUUAUGAAUCCACAAUAGAUCGAAAACUCGAUCAACUACGAAUUGAAGUGGAUAAUGAGUUGAAGAAUUAUAAGAACAAGCCAAGUACUGGCAAUGACGAUACCACAUCUCAGUUACGUGAGUUGAACACUCGAUUAAAAGCUCGAACCCAGUAUUUGAGCAAAUUAUCUCAAUUGACAAAGGCAUAUAAUGAAGAGCAGAAUGAAUCAACAAUAGUUCCACCUGAUAUUAUGGAGAAGUAUGAUAAUAUGAAAACUGAAUAUUUGGAAGAAUUACACAGAACCCAGACGUUAUACCUCGCUUAUUAUAGGCUCCUUGAGAAGCACUUGCAGUUUCGGAAAACAAAGAGUACUAAGAAUGAUGUAACUGUUUCAAAAUCUGCCACAAAAUCAGUGAUUCCCAUGCGUGAGAAAAUCAAGCUUAUUCAGUCAAAAACAUCGGAUCUGACAAUAAAAAAUCUAUGUGGUAACGUACUUUCGGAUGUCAACAAAUGGGAACAAGACCGAGAUCUGCUACUUAAGGAGAAGGAACAGUUGCAAAAGGAUUUGCGGCAAAUGAAAAGUGAAAAAGAAGCAUUACAACUUAAAUUGAAUAAUAAAGAGUCUAAAUAA